AUGUCGAGAAAGCAUUUCUUCCCCAACCCGGAGGGCGUGGUCCUACACAACCUCCGCUCCCUAUGCACACGCAACUCCCACAUGGCGCUCGAUGAGGCCAACCGCGUCGUUUACAACCUCUCACACCCUCCGAAUCAAGUCACCAUCGUAUCUGGCGGUGGCUCAGGACACGAGCCGGCAUGGUCCGGCUUCGUCGGCGACGGCAUGCUGUCAGCUGCCGUAUGUGGUGACAUCUUCGCGUCUCCCAGUACCAAGCAAAUCAUGGCCGGAAUACGGAAUGUACCAAGUAAUGAGGGUGUCAUUUUGUGCAUUACCAACUACACAGGAGAUAUGCUACAUUUUGGUCUCGCGAGAGAGAAAGGGCAAGCACUAGGCUACAAAGUCGACGUUGUGUGCAUGGCGGAAGACGCUGCCCUGGGUCGCGAGAAGAGCGGCAAGGUGGGAAGGAGAGGACUGGCUGGUAACUUGUUGGUUAUCAAGCUUGCUGGUGCUGCAUCACAGAAAGGCUGGGCUUUCGAGCGGUGUAGGAAGAUUGGCGAGUUGGGCAACUCGCAGCUGGUUACUAUUGGUACGAGUCUUGAUCAUUGCCAUGUGCCGGGCCGAGAAGCAUUCGAGAGCGUGCAGGACGAUGCUUGUGUGGUUGGUAUGGGUAUUCACAACGAGCCUGUAAGUUUCAUCAGCUCAAUUCUGCCGUCCCAAGAGCCUCAAAUUGACUUUCGCCAGGGUUUACGAACCAUCUCUCCGAUGCCCAGUCCCGAAGACGUGAUCAAAGAGAUGCUCCGCUACCUCCUCGACCCCUCCGACUCUGACCGCGCAUUCGUCACCUUCAAUCCCAACGAUAACGUCGUAAUGCUCGUCAAUAACUUCGGCGGUCUGUCAAACCUCGAAUUCGACGCCCUGGUGAACCUCGCCCUGAUAGCCCUGAAGCGCGACUGGAAGAUCGUACCAACACGCAUCUACGCCGGCGUGCUGGAAACGUCUCUCAAUGCCCAAGGCUUCAGCAUCACACUUGGCAACAUGAGCGGAAUGGCAAAGGCCAUGGAUCUCAAAGAUGAAGACGUCAUGGAACUGCUAGACGCACCCACAAACGCCCCAGCAUGGCCAAAGAAUGGCUACCAACCCCUCAACAUCAACAAGGAAACCGAAGAGCUCCGCAACAAAGCCAACGCCGCCGCCGCCGACAAAUCCCUCCUCCACAAGGGCCCCGCGACGCCACCAUCCCUCAUUCCCGCCCUCCGUCAAGCCUGCAAAGACGCACUCGCAGCCGAACCCACAAUCACACAAUACGACCUCCAAAUGGGCGACGGCGACUGCGGCGAAGCCGUAGCCGGCGUCUGCAAAUCCAUCCUCGCCAACAUCGACGCUGUAGAAAGCAGCCCACCACCCAUCCUCGCCCUCCUCGAAAGCAUAGGCGAAAACGUCGAAGACGUCGGCGGCUCCCUCGGCGCCAUCCUCUCUAUCCUCGUCACCGCCUUCACGAACGCACUUUCAAAAGCCACACUAUCGCAGAACGCACCACUAGAUAUCUCCACACUCGCAUCCUCCGCGUCCGCUGCGCUCGAGAACCUCAAGAAUUAUACCAGUGCACGGGAAGGCGAUAGAACGGUCAUGGACGUUCUCAUCCCGUUUAUCAAUACAUUGGCUGAGAGCAAGGAUCUGAGCAAGAGUGUGGAUGUCGCGGAGAAGAAGGCGGAUAGCACAAAGGAUAUGAAGGCCAAGUUUGGGCGCGCGACGUAUAUUAGUGAGGAUGGGAGUGAGAGGAGUAAGAUUCCUGAUCCGGGGGCGUAUGCGGCGGGGAUUUGGCUGAGGGGGUUGGAGAAGGGGUUUGGGGGGUCGUAG